UCAUCCUCCUUCCGACGACACCACUCUCCCUUAUCCUAUCUUCUUCUUCUCCUUUCUCUUCUCUUUCUGCUUCAACUCACAACAAAAAUGGCGACCCACGCUCUCUCCACGCUCACCGUCCGCUCCUCCGCCGCUCAUCCUUCGCCUCUCUCCGCCCCUCACCAUCCCCCGCACCCCCUCAAAUCCCCACUCCGCUCCCCUCCACUCCCCCGCCGCCUCCCCCUCCGCGCCCGCCGCCUCCGCCCCCUCGCCGCCGUCGACGCCCCGGAGAAGGUCGCCCAGCUCGGCGACGAGAUCGCCGGCCUCACCCUCGCCGAGGCCCGCGCCCUCGUCGACCUCCUCCAGGACCGGCUCGGCGUCUCCGCCGCCGCGUUCGCCCCGGCCGCCGCGGUCGCCGCUGCCCCCGGCGGCGGAGGCGCCGAGGCGGCGGCGGCGGUGGAGGAGAAGACGGAGUUCGACGUGGUGAUCGAGGACGUGCCGAGCAGCUCGAGGAUCGGGGUGAUCAAGGCGGUGAGGGCGCUGACGAGCCUGGCGCUGAAGGAGGCCAAGGAGCUGAUAGAAGGGCUGCCCAAGAAGUUCAAGGAGGGCGUGUCCAAGGACGAGGCCGAGGAGGCCAAGAAGCAGCUCGAAGCAGCUGGUGCCAAGGUUGCCAUUGUCUGAUUUUUCCUUCUUUCUUUCUUUUUUUUUUUUCCUUGAAAAGGAAUUUUUGUUCUGUUUCUUGUUAACGAUAUGUGAAUUUUACGAAGACGAUUGCGCUUGUCCAAAGUUCAUCUGUUUUGAGGAUCGAUGCUUAUGAAAUCAUCAUGCAAUGGUGAUGUUCUUGUGGAAUCGAGAUUCGGCUUCGAAAUAA